AUGUCGUCGUCGGAAUACUUCACCAUUCCACUGAAGAAAGGCACCUACGUGGACCUAACCAGACCCAUCACGAAGUACAUUGACGACGUGAAGGUCUAUGGCAACUCCUCGGAUUACCAGCAAGCGUUAAAUGAAUUGCAGAGACUUAGGCAGGAGUUUAUCGAUAGGAUCAAUGAAAAAAAUGAAAAAACUUUGAAGUCGUUUUAUAAGUACGCUGAUCAAAUAGUUUCGUUGGAGCUUAAGUUGCCUCUAGCCGAGAACCAAAUCCGUAUAAAGUUCAAGUGGCAGGAUGCUUUUCCCUACUUGAAGUCAAAGACGGCCACAGCUUUAAUGUUGGCGUCAGGCACGUACGAAAAAGUAUGCGUUCUGUUCAACGUGGCUUCUAUGGCCACAUGUGUCGCCUGUCAGCAGAAGCUGGAUACCGAUGAAGGAUUGAAAACUGCUGCCAAACUUUAUCAGCAAGCAAGCGGUAUUUUCACUUACCUCCAAACCAUCGUACCAUCCGUUUUUACGACCACGGAGUCCACAAACGACCUUCAACUUGAAACUUUGAGUGCCCUCGCAAGUCUGACCCUGGCACAAGCUCAAGAUAUUUUUAUCAAAAAAGCCAUUCAAGAUAGCAUGAAAGCAAGCCUGCUCUCAAAGCUUAGCCAACAGUGUUCACUACUUUACGAAGAGACGAGCAAACAGAUGCAGAGCGAGUCCCUUAAAUCCAUUUUUCCAAAAGAUUUUGCUGGAGUUUCCUCAGUCAAGCAGAUAGUCUUCCAGGCACUGGCCUUCUAUUACGACGGUUUGGCCUACCACGAGAAGAAAUCCUUUCCUGAAGGAUUGGCCAGAUUGAGACAAGCCAGAGAUCUAAUGAACAAAGCGUCUGUUCUUCUGAAACCCUUUCCAUAUGCAGCACUACAAAAAUUAAUUGAGAAUGACGUAGCUAAAGGUGAGAAGGACAAUUCGUUCAUAUUCCACGCGAUCAUUCCAGAUGGGACGAAACUGCCUGAUGUCGAGAAGGCAGUCCUCGCUAAACCAACUCCCGUUGAAAACGUUAAAUUUUCAUCUGAUUCUGUAGAUUUGUUGGAACGAUUGCUGCCACUGUCCGUGCACCAGGCAGUUCAGAAAUGUGAGGAGAGGAGGAUGUCGUUAGUGCAGACGGAGAUCAUGAAGCAGAGGGAAGCUUCCAACAAAUUAAAUAACGUUCUUGUCACACUGAACCUUCCUGCCUCCAUUGAAGAUCUAUCUGGGGCGAAACUUCCGAAAUCGCUGGCGGAGAAGUCGUCGAAGGUUCGGGCGAUGGGAGGCUACCAGCACCUGGAGAGGAUCGUCAACGACCUGCCCACCAUGCUGCAGAAGUGCAAGCUCAUUCUCGACGAGAGUGAAAAGUUGUUAAACGAAGAAGAAUCGAUAGACCGACAAUUGCGAGCAAGAUACCGACAUAGUUGGGCUCGAUCAUCAUCCGAUGCUCUCAACAGGCCGAUGCGAGACGAGAUCCGAAAAUACCGAACAGCUUAUAAUGAAGCGCUACAAGCUGACAGUGUGGUCAGGAAGAGGUUUGCCACGUACAGAAGUGCCAUCCUCCUACUCAGCGAAAGUGACUCGGACAUGGAAAGAAGUCUUCCACCUCCAAAUCCAGCGUUUGCAAAUUUGGCAAACAAAAAAUUUGUUCAGGAUUUGCAGCAGUUGAUGGUGCAAGUGAAUCAAUUGAAAGACGAACGCUCAAAAAUUGAAGACAAAUUUAAAUCAACAAAUAUCGAUUUUGCCAACAAAUUCAUGCUGGCAUACAAAAGAGAUGGUGCUGUGUAUGAGGAGUCCGUAUCCAAGAGCGAGUUGGACCGAGUAUAUGGACCGUUAAGAGAACUUUCAGCUAAAAAUAUUGCUACUCAAGAUAAGCUCAUCAAACAAAUACAAUUGGAAGAGUUCAAGAAGCAAACAAGUUCCACCUCAUCUCAGAGGGAUGCCAAGUUGAAAGAGCUGGCAUCUGCUUACGACAUCUUCAUCGAACUCAGUGCAACGUCAGAUGAAGGCAAUAAAUUCUACGGAGACUUCACACUUCUCCUUGAAAAGUUUUUAACUUCCAUUCGCGAGUUUUGCGCAGAGAGGAACAAGGAGAAAGAUGAAUUGAUGAGAGAGAUGCCAGAGGUGCCGAGCCAGGUUCCUGCUGUUAUGGCGUUCCAUCAUGCUCCUCCCCAGACUGUUUGUCAGUGUUCUUUCCUUUUUUCUUUCUUUCGUAUUUUUGUGCAAUAA